AUGGCCCCAGGCAAUCUGCUGGAACCCCAUAACGCGCCCAUGUCUGCCUUGAACGAGAUGCUCUCCGCCCCGACCGACGACGACGUGAUCCUCUACCACCAGGUGUGGCGUGCACUCCGAAUGGGUGCAGAGUCGCCUGCACGCUCCCCUCUACCAUCCAACGUCGCACUGCUUAUCACGGCCUUCUGUAACUGGGUGCUUCCGGAUCGUGUUCUCGAUGAGGAGUCGAUCAUCAGCUGCUACUCGCGUGACAGCCGGAAGGCAGAGAAGCGCUGGUUCACGAGCGCACCCCUGACGAACGAAGACGUCGCGCGCAUUGCGGCCAUCCAGCUAGAAACUGUGGCGAAGGAUCAGGGGUGGGCGAGUCUACCCGGGACCGCGAGCUAUAGUUGGUUCGAGGUUGGCCUUGAGCGGCCCGAAGGCGACCUCGAACGUGACGUGCGCUGGACGAGCCACACCAACGAGCUCCGCGGACAAUGGCCCACGAUGCGCUCGGGACUUCCUCAUCCGGCUCCAGUCGAAGAGUGGAGAGAAGGCGAUAUUGUCAGUGUCUGGGUGUGCGCCCAGUAUCCGGCCUGGAGCAACACAGGGAAGACGGGGAAACUCCGGUUCUUCAAGUGGUUCAAACCGGCGAGUGCUGUCGAGGAUCAGAUAGCAAGCGAGUUAUACGCCAAGGAUAAGGGGGUUAUUGAGAGUCGGUGA